AGCGGGUCGGAGGGGAAGUUCUGCGCAGUCACGGCCACCUUUGCUGCCGCUCCUCUCCUCCGCGAAGCAGCGCCGCCAUUUUCUCUGGCGGACCAUCGUGCGUGUUCGUGCGGCCGCGCACCCGGGGGAGCGAGUGGAGUUCAGCGAUAGCCCUGUCGGUCCCACAGGGCAGGCCUCGGAGGCGCCGCCGCCGAACAGUUUAAAAGUCCCCUUCGUUCCCCUUCGUUUACAAGUCUUCAUUUUUUGCAGGUUGGACCAAGAUGAGUGGCUGUCGUGUUUUCGUUGGACGCCUGAGUCCACACGCUCGAGAGCGAGAUGUGGAGAAAUUUUUCAAGGGAUAUGGCCGUAUACGUGAGAUAAAUCUGAAAAAUGGCUUUGGAUUUGUGGAAUUUGAGGAUCAUAGAGAUGCAGAUGAUGCAGUUUAUGAACUGAAUGGUAAAGAACUGUGUAAUGAAAGGGUUACAAUUGAACAUGCCAGAGCCCGAAGAGGAGGUAGGGGGAGAUAUCCACAGCGAUUCAAUUAUUACCAGUCCUAUGGGGGUGGAUCUAGCCAGUAUGGUCCACCUCUUCGUACUGAACACAGACUUAUAGUUGAGAAUCUUUCUUCACGUGUUAGUUGGCAGGAUUUGAAAGACUUCAUGAGAAAGGCUGGAGAGGUUACUUUUGUUGAUGCCCACAGAAACAAUCCAAAUGAAGGCGUUGUGGAGUUUGCAUCAUCCAGUGACAUGAAGAGUGCAUUGGACAAGUUGGAUGGCAGCGAGUUGAAUGGGCGCAGAAUUAAACUAAUUGAAGAUCGCAAAAGACGCAGGAGCAGAUCUCGUUCCCGAAGCUAUUCAAGAUCUCGCAGCAAGUCAAGAUCUGCAAGGUCUUCUAAAUCAAGCAGCAAAUCUCGUUCUCGAAGUCGAAGCCGUACUCCUGAGAAAAGGCGCUCUCGAAGCCGCUCAGUUGAAAGAAAGUCCAGUGAGAAAAAUCAACAGUCUGGCCCACAAAAUUCCUCUCCAUCUCCACCCCCAGUCAAGAAGAGGUCUCGCUCUAGGUCAAAUUCUGCUGAAAGCCGCAGUUAAGGUAUUUUGAGAAGUGUAUAAAUACUUCAUUUCUAAGUCAGAUUUUCUACAAGCUUGAGUAUGUUGCAAAGGGGAGAGGGUUAAAUUGUUAGGUGGAUAUAAAUUUGCCCUCCCUCCACUCUCAACAAGCAAAUUGUAACCAAUAAUAAUUGAUGAAUAUAAAAAAUUAAAGUGGCAAAUUAUCAUUGCCCAGAUGCACUGUGUACUACUGUAGGUGAAGCAUCGCUGACUAAAGCAGCACACAUUGGAGUUUUGUUUUUGAACAUGAUGAUGAACUGAAAAAUGUAGAGUGUGGUACCACUUUUCCAAGUCCUUUGGCUGUGCUUCUUGACUGGAUAUAGAUUUCCUUCUAUUUGGCAGUAAACAACCAUAAUGAUCUGGCUGUUAAUACAUAGAUUUGAGAAUCUCCACAUAGCAUUCCCAAUACAACUACAAUAGUAUCAGGAGCAGGUUUUUAUUUUGAAUGAACAAUUUUGCUUAUUCUAAACUAAUAUUUAGAUGAAAAGUAGCAUUCAAAAUACAGACAGGGAAGCUGUAUAAUAUUUUUCUGAUUAAAUGUUAGUUUAGAAUAAGCCAUAGUCAAUAAGUGUGCCUCUGAUUGGAGUUUAAUCAAAUGGUGUACCUCUGAUUGGAGUUUAAUUCAAAUGGUUCACUGUUUUUCACAACUCUGUUCCUGUCACAAAUUAUAUGAACAGAAGAAUACGUUCAGUGCAGUAGAUUAUUUAACCUGUUACCAGGGAAGGCCUCAUUUUAUAGAGGAGGCCCUUCAGAAAUUAUAAAGAUGUCACCUUUACUGAAAUUUCAGGUUUUAUUUUAACAUUGCAAACAGCAUUGUUAUAUAUAGCCAUCAGAGUGUGACACUAAAAAUUUCAGGCACAUGGGGUAGCAGAAGCAGUAAAUUUUCAAAUUUAAUAGGCAAGGAUUAUUUCCAAACUGUCAAGACAGUUAUCCAGUAAUAGUUUAAUGUGAUGUGAAUUUAUUAAUGCUAAAGCGCAAAAGGGCAUUUCCUUUAGGUUUACCAAACAUGUUUCAGUUUUAUUAGUAUGUAGUAUUUUCCUAAUCCUUUGUGAUCAUUAGACCAUCUGGCUUCCACAUACCUGAAAUGAGGGAAUUUGCUUAAAUUUUUUGUAAACAGCCGAAAAUGUCUAAAUGUUAUUGAUGUGAUACAGUAAGUACAAUAAAUGUUUCUCCGCUGCUUACUGCAGCUUCAGCUAUCUUUCUGUGUUGCAUAUUAAAGCUUAAGUUUGUAAACUUA